AUGUCAAUGUGGUUGGGAGAGCCAGGUGUGGAGAAAGAAUUCGAGCAAUUGCCGCGUAAAGAGGGCCGGCAGGGACAGCCGCGAGAACGGUUGCAAACGAAUCGACGAAUCUUUUCGAAAUACUUUUUCAAAAUUGUCCUUGAACGUGUAUGCGGAUCACUUCUCGUCAUUGGCCUCUUUGUCCAGCUUCGCUGUCAUCUAGUUACUGCGGUUGGACUUUUCUCUCUCUCUCUCUCUCUCUCUCUCUCUCUCUCUGUUUUUCUCCUUCUCCCUCUCUCUCUCUCUAUUCAAUAUACUGUCAUUUCAUUUUUCUAA